AUGAGCGGGAAGCCGUGCAGAAGAAAACUUUCACCAAGUGGGUGAACUCUCACCUCGCCCAGUGUGGCUGCCACAUCGGGGACCUCUAUGCCGACAGGGUUCUAGGUUUGGUCCUCCUUCUCCCAACGCCCCUGCCGCCCUAGCCACGGCCCACGCGCGGUCGCAUGAGGAUCCACUCCCUGGAAAACGUGGACAAGGCUCUGCAGUUCCUGAAGGAGCAGCGCGUGCACCUGGAGAACGUGGGCUCGCAUGACAUUGUGGACGGGAACCACCGGCUGACGCUGGGGCUGGUCUGGACCAUCAUCUUGCGCUUCCAGAUUCAAGUCAUCAAAAUUGAGACGGAGGACAACAGAGAGACACGCUCUGCCAAGGAUGCGCUACUCUUGUGGUGUCAGAUGAAGACAGCCGGGCCCGAUCUCGUGGACUUCAGCAAACUCACCAAGUCCAACACCAACUACAACCUGCAGAGAGCCUUCCGCACGGCUGAGCAGCACCUGGGGCUGGCACGUCUGCUGGACCCUGAAGAUGUCAACAUGGAGGCUCCGGAUGAGAAGUCCAUCAUCACCUAUGUGGUCUCUUUCUACCACUAUUUCUCCAAGAUGAAGGCUCUGGCUGUGGAGGGGAAGCGGAUUGGGAAGGUCCUGGACCAGGUGCUGGAGGUGGAGAAGAUCAUUGAGCGCUACGAGGAGCUGGCGACCGAGCUGCUGGCCUGGAUCCGCCGCACUGUGGGCCUCAUCAGCAACCAGAAGUUCGCCAACUCCCUGAGCGGGGUGCAGCAGCAGCUGCAGGCCUUCAUGGCCUACUGCACCCUGGAGAAGCCCGCCAAGUUUCAGGAGAAGGGGAACCUGGAGGUGCUGCUCUUCAGCAUCCAGAGCAAAUUGCGUGCCUGCAACCGCCGCCUCUACGUGCCCCGGGAGGGCUGUGGCAUCUGGGAUAUCGACAAGGCCUGGGGCCUGCUGGAGAAGGCAGAGCAUGAGCGGGAGGCUGCCCUUCGGGCGGAGCUGACGCGGCAGGAGAAGCUGGGACUCCUGGCCCAGAGGUUUGACCACAAGGUGGCCAUGAGGGAGAGCUGGCUGAAUGAGAACCAGCGCCUGGUCUCCCAGGACAACUUUGGCUAUGAGCUGCCGGCAGUGGAGGCGGCCAUGAAGAAACACGAGGCGAUUGAGGCAGACAUUGCAGCCUACGAGGAGCGGGUGCAGGGCGUGGCGGAGCUGGCCCAGGCUCUGGCGACUGAGGGCUACUACGAUGCCCGGAGGGUGGCAGCCCAGCGUGACAGCGUCCUGCGCCAGUGGGCCCUGCUGACCGGGCUGGUAGGUGCCCGGCGGACACGGCUGGAGCAGAACCUGGCCCUGCAGAAGGUCUUCCAGGAGAUGGUGUACAUGGUGGACUGGAUGGAGGAGAUGCAGGCUCAGCUGCUGUCCCAGGAGUGUGGGCAGCACCUGGUGGAGGCAGAGGACCUGCUGCAGAAGCACGGACUGCUGGAGGGGGACAUCGCUGCCCAGAGCGAGCGGGUGGAGGCCCUCAAUGCCGCUGCUCUGCGUUUCUCCCAGCUUCAGGGCUACCAGCCCUGCGAUCCGCAGGUCAUCUGCAACCGCGUGAACCAUGUGCACGGCUGUCUGGCAGAGCUGCAGGAGCAGGCGGCGCGGCGGCGCGCGGAGCUGGAGGCCUCGAGGAGCCUGUGGGCGCUGUUUCAGGAGCUUGAGGAGGCCGAGAGCUGGGCCCGCGACAAGGAGCGCCUCCUAGAGGCGACGGGCGGCGGCGGCGGCGGCGGCGGCGGCGGGGCGGGCGUAGCGGGUGGCGCACACGACCUGUCCAGCACCGCGCGUCUCCUGGCGCAACACAAGAUCCUGCAGGGAGAGCUGGGCGGGCGGCGGGCGAUGCUGCAGCAGGCCCUGCGACGCGGCGAGGAGCUGGCUGCGGCCGGCGGCGCCGAGGGCUCGGGCGCCGAGGCGGUGCACCUGGUGGGCUUGGCGGAGCGCGCGGCGAGUGCGCGGCGGCGCUGGCAGCGGCUGGAAGAGGCGGCGGCGCGGCGCGAGCGGCGGCUGCAGGAGGCGCGGGCGCUGCAUCAGUUCGGCGCUGACCUCGACGGGCUCCUGGACUGGCUGCGCGACGCCUACCGCUUAGCAGCUGCCGGCGACUUCGGCCACGAUGAGGCGUCCAGUCGCCGCCUGGCACGCCAGCACCGGGCGCUCACCGGAGAGGUGGAGGCGCAUCGAGGGCCCGUGACCAGCCUGCGGCGUCAGCUGGCGACACUGGGGGGCGCUAGCGGCGCCGGGCCACUGGUGGUGGCACUGCAGGUGCGCGUGGUGGAGACCGAGCAGCUGUUCGCGGAGGUGACCGAGAUGGCUGCGCUGCGGCGCCAGUGGCUGCGGGAUGCCCUCGCUGUCUAUCGCAUGUUCGGCGAGGUGCACGCGUGCGAGCUGUGGAUCGGAGAGAAGGAGCAAUGGCUGCUUGGCAUGCGCGUCCCCGACUCACUCGACGACGUGGAGGUGGUACAGCACCGAUUUGAGAGUCUGGACCAGGAGAUGAACAGUCUGAUGGGCCGUGUCCUGGAUGUGAACCACACGGUCCAGGAGCUGGUGGAAGGAGGCCACCCCAGUUCAGAUGAGGUGCUCUCCUGCCAGGACCAUCUCAACAGCAGGUGGAACCGCAUCGUGGAGCUGGUGGAACAGCGCAAAGAGCAGGCGAGCGCGGUGCUGCUGGUGGAGAACCACGUGCUUGAAGUGGCCGAGGUGCGUGCCCAGGUUCGCGAGAAGCGGAGGGCGGUGGAGAGCACGCCACGCGCCGGCGGAGCCCUACAGUGGCGCCUCAGCGGCCUGGAGGCCGCUCUAAGCAAGAGGGAAGAGAGCGGUGUGGCAACCCAGGCUGGCCACCUCUCCCAGGAGCUGGCGCUGUCGGGUCUGGAGCUCCCGGGCACAGUGGAGUCGGUGGAGGAGGCAUUGAAACAACACCGGGAUUUUCUCACCACAAUGGAGCUGAACCAGCAAAAGAUGCAUGUGGCCGUGCAGGCGGCGGAGGGCCUGCUGAGGCAGGGCAACAUCUACGGGGAGCAGGCCCAGGAGGCUGUGGCCCAGCUGUUGGAGAAGAGCCAAGAAAACCAACUUCGGGCCCACCAGUGGAUGCAGAAGCUACACGACCAACUUGAGCUGCAGCACUUCCUCCGAGACUGCCACGAGCUGGAUGGCUGGAUCCUCGAGAAGAUGCUGAUGGCUCGCGAUGGCACACGGGAAGAUGGUCACAAGCUGCAUAAGAGAUGGCUCCGGCACCAGGCAUUCAUGGCCGAGCUGGCUCAGAAUAAGGAGUGGCUGGAGAAGAUCGAGAGGGAGGGCCAGCAACUGAUGCAGGAGAAGCCAGAGCUGGCAGCCUCCGUGCGGAAGAAGCUGGGCGAGAUCCGGCAGUGCUGGGCCGAGCUGGAGAGCACCACCCAGGCCAAGGCUCGGCAGCUCUUUGAGGCCAGCAAGGCUGACCAGCUGGUGCAGAGCUUUGCUGAGCUGGACAAGAAGCUCCUUCACAUGGAAAGCCAGCUGCAAGACGUGGACCCUGGGGGGGACCUGGCCACCGUCAACAGCCAGCUGAAGAAGCUGCAGUCGAUGGAGUCGCAGGUGGAGGAGUGGUACCGAGAGGUGGGAGAGUUGCAGGCGCAGACGGCGGCGCUGCCGCUGGAGCCGGCGAGCAAGGAGCUGGUGGGCGAGCGGCAAAACGCGGUGGGCGAGCGCCUGGUCCGCCUACUCGAGCCGCUGCAGGAGCGCCGCCGCCUGCUGCUCGCUUCCAAGGAGCUGCACCAGGUGGCGCACGACCUCGACGACGAGCUGGCAUGGGUCCAGGAGCGGCUGCCGCUGGCCAUGCAGAUGGAGCGAGGCAGUGGUUUGCAGGCCGUCCAGCAGUACAUCAAAAAGAACCAGGGCCUGCGGCGAGAGAUCCAGGCGCACGGGCCGCGCCUGGAGGAGGUGCUGGAGCGCGCGGGCGCUCUUGCGGUGCUGCCAGCCCCGAGGCGGAGGCGGCGCGUCCGCGUCCAGGAGCAGCUGCAGAGCGCCUGGGCCGGACAUGCGCGAGGCGACCGAGCGGCGUGCAGCAGGCCCUGGACGCCGCCUUUCCAAGUGUAGCAGUACUACUUCGACUUGGCCGAGUUGGAAGCGUGGGUGUCUAGCAAGAACUGGUUCUUGAUGAGGGAGAACAAGGACAAGGACGAGCAGAGCACCCUGCAGCUGCUCAAGAAGCACCUGCAGCUGGAGCAGGGCGUGGAGAACUACGAGGACAGCAUCGCGCAGCUGUCGCGCCAGUGCCGGGCGCUGCUGGAGUUGGGGCACCCGGACAGCGAGCAGAUCAGCCGGCGGCAGUCUCAGGUGGACCGCUUGUAUGUGGCGCUCAAGGAGCUGGGCGAGGAGCGCAGGGUGGGCCUGGAGCAGCAGUACUGGCUGUACCAGCUCAGCCGCCAGGUGGACGAGCUCGAGCACUGGAUCGCCGAGAAGGAGGUGGUGGCUGGCUCGCCUGAGCUGGGCCAGGACUUUGAGCAUGUCACGGUGCUGCAGGAGAAAUUCUCAGAGUUCGCCAGCGAGACCGGCACAGCAGGACGGGAGCGGCUGGCAGCCGUGAACCAGAUGGUGGAUGAACUGAUCGAGUGUGGCCAUACGGCAGCGGCCACCAUGGCUGAGUGGAAGGAUGGGCUGAAUGAGGCCUGGGCUGAGCUGCUGGAGCUAAUGGGCACGCGGGCCCAGCUGCUGGCCGCCUCUCGGGAGCUGCACAAGUUCUUCAGCGACGCCAGGGAGCUUCAGGGGCAGAUUGAGGAGAAGCGGAGGCGACUGCCCCACCUGACCACCCCGCCUGAGCCCAGACCCAGUGCCAGCGCCAUGCAGCGGACUCUGCGAGCCUUUGAGCAUGACCUGCAGCUCCUCGUAUCCCAGGUGGGGUGACGGCGGCCAGGAGGGAACGUGGGAGGGCCUGGGCAGCAUGGCCAAGGGAUGUGGGCCACACAGCAGGCAAAAAUCAGGCUGUAGAGCAUUUCAAAAUUAGAUGGUGGAGCAGAUACUACAGAAGAGGCAGACAUUAGAUGGUGGGCAGGUAGGAAAAGGCGCCCAGAAAUCAGACAGUGGCAGAAAAGAGUGGUGCAGUAUGUCUGAUUAGACAGUAUUUUCAGUGCAGGUUGGGCAGGGAUUCUCCUCCAAACUGUGAAGUGAAUCUUACCCAAAUUCAGAUCGUCUAAAGGGGAUUGUGGAAGGGUUAAGAGAAAUGUGGCUGUGGGCAGAUGGAAAGUAGACAGCAGGUCUCUGGUAGAAAUCAUAUGAUUUUCCUUAAAAAUUUUCGAUGGGGUGUAGUUAAUGGAAAUUGCACAGGAGCUAAUAGAAAUCAGGCAGUGGGUCUGACAGGAACUGGGAGAUGGAGCUGAGAAAUCAUAUGGAAAUGAAACUGUGGGCCUAAUAGAAUUCAGACAGCAGAACAGAAGGAAACGGGGUUGCCGGCAUAAUGGAAGGCAGAAAUCGGACAGUUAUUUGUUCAUAAAUAUGUAGAUGACUUUUAGAAAUCAGGCAGAGAGAUUGAUAGUGAUUAAGUGGUGGAUCUGAUAGAAAUGUGGUGAUCGCUCUAAGGUCGAAUCAACAGACAGUGAGUCCAAUAGAACUCACACAGUAGAACCCAGUAGGAACUGGGCAGGAGACCUGAUAGUAAUCAAAUAGCCAUUCUGAAGGAAUUUGGGCAGUAGCAGGUAGGUAAUGAGUCUGAAAAAAAAAAAUGAGUGAAAAAAAUGGACAGCAUGUCUCAUAAACAUUGAGAGGGAAAGAAAUUUCCUGAAAGAAAUCAGAUCAGCCUGAACCAUGACAGAGGUGGGCCUGAGAAAUGUCUACAGACCCACUAGACACAGAGCCUCAGACCAAAAGAAAGCAGAGAGUGAACUGAAAGAAAUCUGGUGGUAGGUCUAAAAGAAGUCAGAACCCAGGUAAGUCAAAAAGAAAGGCAACAGAUAAGGGAAACCCAGUUGCGCUAACCCCAGGGUGCGAGCUUCUUACAUUGUUGAGCUCUGUACCUAGCCAGCAAAUGGGGGAAAG